AUGCUACAAAGGGCCGCCUUGACAAGUAGCCUGGCAAUAGGUGCCCAACUGGGAGCCUCCUUGGCACCCUGGGCAAGGUGUCUGAGGUGCUCCUUUGGCUGGGUGUUCUNCAGGAGGUGGAGGGGUCAUCCAUUGGCGCUAAGGAGGGGUUCCCCGGUGCUACAAAGGGCCGCCUUGACAAGUAGCCUGGCAAUAGGUGCCCAACUGAGAGCCUCCUUGGCACCCUGGGCAAGGUGUCUGAG